CACUCCAGCGAGGGCAGCAGAGUCGGUGGUCCGUUCCGCAGCAAAACAACGACAUCGGUGUUAGAAAACGUAACUAUUUUUCAUUUUAGAAGGAUCGCAAGAUACCUUACAAUCCCUAACUCGCUUGGAUAGUGAUUAAAUAAAACGGACUGUACCGCGCUUACUGAAUAACCGGGUGAAGUUUUUGGUCGCGUUUAAGUGAACGUCCAGUGAGGUACAUAACCUAUAAAAGUGACUAAGGCCCGUCGUGUUUUCGUACGGACCCCUGCAUUUAUUCGAUUUUAGUCCUUCGUUUUCAAACGAUUUCGAGGUAUUGUGUUGUUUUCUGUGCGGCUGUACUGUUUUCUGUUUGUAGUUGAAUAGUUGCAGUGUUCGGGAUUGUGGUAGGGACGUCGCUCAAUUAUUAAAGUAAAGUUAUCGUGAACUAUUUUUGAAGAAGACAGUCUUUGCGUGGGCCCAUGACGUGAAGCCCCAACCUGCCGCUGCGAAAUGAGGCGGCUAGUUUUGGCACAGCUGUUGCUCUUCUCGGCGCUGGUAUCAUCAUCCAGCGACAUCGUGCGUACGUUUAACGUGUCGUCACCGGAAGUUGAAAAGUUUAACCAUUUGGUUGUUGAUAAGAACACCGGAAGGAUCUACAUCGGAGCCGUUAACCGGCUCUACCAACUAUCCCCAGACCUAGAGCUCGUGGUUGAAGACAAGACUGGCCCCGAGUACGACGCCGACGAUUGUACGGUUUUAGAAUGCAAUUCAGCUACGAGGAAUUUGACGAAAAAUGUAAAUAAGGCGUUGGUGAUAGAUUACACAACGACCAGAUUGAUAUCAUGUGGAAGUGUUUCUCAGGGGAUAUGCUCUGUGAGGAACCUGCAUAAUAUAUCGGACUUCAAGGUCGUUAGAGAGGCCGUGGUGGCCAAUGAUGCCACGGCUUCAACGGUAGCAUUUAUUGCACCAGGACCUCCGACGCCCCCCGUAUCUCAAGUGAUGUACGUCGGGGUAACCUUCUCCGGGAAGCCGCUGUACAGGUCGGAGGUCCCCGCGGUCAGCAGUAGAUCAUUAGACAACGAUAGAAUGUUUAGCAUCGCACACACUGCUGUUACUACCGGAACGCGUAUGUUCGUCAACUCCCUGGCGAGAGAACGAUAUGUCAUCAACUACGUCUACGGUUUUAGUUCCGAAGGCUUCAGCUACUUUUUGACCACCCAAAUGAAACACACCAGCUCUCAGAACCAAUAUAUCAGUAAGCUAGUGAGGGUAUGCCACGAUGACGAGAAUUACUACUCGUACACGGAAAUCCCCAUGGACUGUACCGGCGACGUGCACAAUUACAACCUGGUGCAAGCCGCGUACGUCGGCAAGGCCGGAUCGGACCUCGCUUCCGUCCUGGGAAUCACCGCGCAGGAUGACGUUCUCUUCGCCGUCUUCAGCGCCAGCCAAACUCCGAAUCCAAGUAGACCGAUGAACUCCUCGGCGCUCUGUGUCUACUCCCUGAAGGCGAUCAGGCGGAAGUUCAUGCAGAACAUCAAGAACUGCUUCAGCGGCAACGGAGAGCGCGGGCUGGAUUUCAUAUCUCCCAGCCAUCGGUGCGUGUCUACGAAACUGCAAACGAUAGCAGAGGACUUCUGUGGGUUGGAUGUGAACACGCCUUUGGGAGGUGAAGCACCAAUUUCCGCCGUGCCAGUGUUGGUCUUUAACACAAGAUUGACUGCAGUCGCAGCCACCUCCACGGGUGAUUUUACGGUAGUCUUCAUAGGGACAGCCACGGGACAUCUCAAGAAGGUGGUCGUAGAAACAAUGUCCUCCGGGUUGGAAUAUGGGGAUUUAACAGUCGAAGAAGGCUCGCCAGUCAAUCCCGACUUACACUUCGACGUCCAAUUGAUGCACCUCUAUGUCAUGACCGAGAAGAAGGUGUCGAAGGUGAAAGUGCAAGAAUGCAGUGUAUACAAGAGUUGCUGGGAAUGUUUAAAUGCAAAGGAUCCGUAUUGCGGAUGGUGUUCGCUAGAAAACAAAUGCAGUCUCAGAUCUGAUUGCUCGGACGCCGCACAGGAUCCUCUAUACUGGAUCAGUUACAAAAGCGGAAGAUGCACUACAAUCACCACCGUCACUCCAAAUCAACUACAACGCACUACAGCUAGAACGCUUGACUUGGCUAUUGAAAACUUGCCGACGUUAUCCGGAAAUUUCUUCUGCGCAUUCACAGCACUAGACAAAACUUUAAUUACUAAAGCGACCAAGAAAAAUUAUGGUGUUAAUUGUACUACACCUAGAACUGAUUUAUUACCAAACAUUCCACCAGGACAACAUCAUUUCACCGCAAAAUUAUCUGUUCGAAUGGAUUCUGGACCAGAUUUUGUAGCAACCAACUUCACAUUUUUCGAUUGCAACACGUACAGCUCUUGUACUCAAUGCGUAUCAUCAUCAUUUCCUUGCGAUUGGUGCGUUGAUGGACAUAGAUGUACGCAUGAUACCGCGGAAAAUUGCCGAAAUGAUAUUUUAGUAACUGGCAUAAAUCGUGUCGGUCCAAGUUAUCGUUCUGGUCCUGGUUUUUGUCCUACAAUCAACGCAACAGUUGGGAAUUCACCGGAAAUUCUUGUUGCGCAUGGGAUAAAGAGAUCCAUAAAAGUCAAGGUCCAUAUUAUCGGUCAAUUCAUUGUACAAACUCGCUUUGUGUGUCAAUUUAACAUCGAAGGAAGAGUAACAAGCGUUAACGCUCAACUUCUUGGAGAUACCAUUUAUUGUGAUUCCAUGGAAUUUUCUUAUUCGUCUCACGCACCGAACAUCACCGCUUCAUUCGCUGUUAUUUGGGGAGGAUCAAAACCUUUAGAUAAUCCGGAUAAUAUUCACAUUGUUAUAUAUCGAUGUCGCGAUAUGGCGGAUAAUUGCGGAAUGUGUUUAGCAUUAUCCGAAAAAUAUGAAUGCGGCUGGUGUCAAAGUACCGAUAGUUGUGAAGUAAAAGAUCAAUGUGAGAAAGGUUUCUCGGUGUGGUUAAAUAGAAGUCAAACGUGUCCGAAUCCAGAAGUAACAUCGUUUAGUCCGGAAUUAGGGCCAUGGGAGGGUGGUACAAAUAUAACGAUUGAAGGUAUUAAUCUUGGAAAGGUCUUCAAAGAUAUUUAUAGCGGUGUAAACAUCGCUGGUAUUAACUGUCAGCCAUACGAACAACUUUACGUAAAAACGAAACGGAUCGUUUGCAAAGUUGAUGGACCUGGAACAAAUGAACCACGAGAAGGUCCGGUUGUGGUUCGAGUUGAAGAUUAUCGAGGGGAAUCUAGGACUAACUAUAAGUUUGUUAAUCCGGUAAUAACAGGAAUUAGCCCACAAUAUGGACCAAAAUCAGGUGGAACGUCUUUGAGGAUAACCGGGGAAUUCAUGAACGCUGGAAGCAAUAUUCAAGCUUUUAUCGAUAAUUUACCGUGCAAUAUUUUAUCCAAAGAACAAACCCAAGCUUUGUGCAUAACCAGCGCCGCUAGUCAAGCGUUUGAAGGCACCGUUAAGAUGAAAUUUGACAAAGGUGAUCGUGUACUUGAUAAUAUUAAAUUCCAAUAUGUAGACGACCCAGUAAUUGAUUCCGUCGACUCUGGAAGCAGAGUUAAAGGACCUAAAGGUAUACCAGCUGGUGGAAUUAGAAUUUCAGUUACAGGAAGGAACCUUGGAUAUAUUCAACAUCCACAAAUGUAUGUUUAUUACAAUCAAAUGAUGACAGUAAGCCCAUGUACUGCACAUACAAACACAACAAUGACAUGCUUCAGCCCCGACAUUGAUGCUGAUAGCAAAACGUUAAACGCCGAUGCUCCUUUACAGCUUGAAUACGGCUUUCGAAUGGACAACGUUUUAGGAGUCCAAAAUCUCACCAGUACAGCCAACGGUUUCGCAUCAUUCCUUUUAUAUCCAAAUCCACAUUUUGAACCGUUCGAUAAAGAACGUGUUAAAUACUAUAAAUCAGAAUAUCUUAAUAUAAACGGUCAAAAUAUAGAUCGUGCGUGCCAAGAAUCGGACGUUAUCGUAAAAAUCGGGAAUAGUUUUUGUAAUGUAACGUCGUUGAGUAGGCAACAAUUAACAUGUAGACCUCCGGAAGCUCAACCCAUGGGAAUAGGAGAAAAUGGUGAGCCAAAUGCGGAAGUUCUACCCGAAGUAGUCGUGAUUGUUGGUGGAACUUUAAAAUUCAAUAUUGGGAGUUUAUCGUAUUCCUCACCUCAAGGGCUGAAUGCCCCGAUCUCACAAUCAACAAUACUUAGUGUGAUAAUUGUUAGCAUAGUCGUAUUUCUUGUGUUCAUCGGAUUUUUGAUAGCUUAUCGAAGAAAAUCAACGGAAAGUAAUCGGGUACUUAAAAAUAUGCAAGAACAAAUGGAUAUAUUAGAAUUACGUGUCGCGGCCGAAUGCAAAGAAGCAUUCGCCGAAUUACAAACUGAAAUGACUGACCUAACCAGCGAUUUAACGUCUGGUGGCAUUCCAUUCCUAGAUUAUUGUACUUACGCCAUGAAGAUCCUCUUUCCGAAUGUUGACGAUCACGUUGUUUUACAAUGGGAUCGCCCUGAACUUUUACGCAAAGAACGCGGCUUGAAACAAUUCGGACAGUUGAUCAUGAACAAAACCUUCCUGCUGCUCUUCAUCAGAACUUUGGAAAGUAAUCGUUACUUUUCUAUGAGGGACCGGGUCAACGUUGCAUCGUUAAUAAUGGUUGCUUUGCAAAGUAAGAUGGAGUACUGCACUGAUAUUCUUAAGACUUUACUUGCCGAAUUAAUCGAAAAAUGUAUUGAUGGCAAAAGUCAUCCAAAACUACUCCUGAGACGUACUGAAAGCGUUGCUGAAAAAAUGCUUAGCGCAUGGUUCACAUUCCUUCUUUAUAAAUUUCUACGCGAAUGUGCCGGAGAACCUCUUUAUAUGUUAUUCCGUGCGGUUAAACAACAGGUAGACAAAGGACCUGUUGAUGCCAUCACUUCAGAAGCCAGAUAUUCACUCAGCGAAGAAAAAUUAAUAAGACAAUCAAUUAACUUUAAACCAAUGACUGUACAUGUAUCCAUAUCGCAACAAGCUGUUUAUGUAGAUCACAAUGAUAAUGUGCCAGUUAAAGUUUUGGAUUGCGACACAAUCAGCCAAGUUAAAGAAAAGGCUUUAGAUGCCAUUUAUAGAGCAACUCCUAAUUCUCAAAGACCACGUAAAGAAGAUUUAGACCUUGAAUGGCGAACUGGUCAAUCAGGUAGAUUAAUAUUAUACGACGAAGACAGUACAACAAAAAUUGAGGGUGAUUGGAAGCGUCGAAAUACUUUACAACAUUACAAAGUUCAAGACGGUGGUUUAUUGACUUUAGUACCAAAACAAAGUUCGAUAUACAAUUUUAGUAUUCUGUCAGAAAAGAAUGAUAAGUCGCAUAAGUAUGAGACGUUGAAUAUUAACAAGUUCAGCUCGGCGAGUCCUCCAUUGAGCCGCGCGACGAGUCCUUUAAACAACGAUCACGAUACCAGCGUAAAAGUCUGGCAUUUAGUGAAGCACCAUGACAACGAUGCACAAAAAGAGGGUGAACGCGGCAACAAAAUGGUUUCGGAAAUUUAUUUAACACGUCUAUUAGCCACUAAGGGCACGCUGCAAAAAUACGUCGACGAUUUGUUUGAGACCAUUUUCAGUACGGCUCAAAGAGGCAAUGUGCUUCCGUUGGCUAUUAAAUAUAUGUUCGAUUUCCUGGACGACCAGGCUCUACACCACGGCAUUUCCGACCCUGAGGUAGUACACACCUGGAAGAGCAACUCGUUACCUCUUAGGUUUUGGGUCAACCUAAUCAAAAAUCCCAACUUCGUUUUCGACAUUCACAAAUCGAAUAUCGUCGAUUCUUGUUUAUCUGUCGUUGCUCAAACUUUUAUGGACUCAUGUUCUACUUCCGAUCAUAGACUAGGCAAAGAUUCACCAAGUUCAAAAUUAUUGUAUGCAAAAGACAUUCCAUGCUACAAAGAAUGGGUUGAUAGAUAUUACUCAGAUAUUAAGAGAAUGACUGCAAUUUCUGAUCAGGAUAUGAAUGCUAUGCUAGCAGAAGAAUCUAGGCUUCAUAGUACAGAGUUCAAUUUAAAUUGUGCAUUACAUGAGCUGUAUAUGUAUGCGGUAAAAUACAACGAACAGCUGACGGUGACAUUAGAAGAAGAUGAAUUUUCGCAACGACAACGGUUGGCUUACAAACUAGAGCAAGUCCACAAAAUAAUGGAAGAUGGGCAACCGUGAUACUGGCCAGACCUGACGCGGCCGUCCGCGCCACCCAUUUCGCCGGUCGCAUCUCCGACGGCCGCACAGGAAUUGGCCUGCUGAUGGCCGUAAUGAACAACAAAAACCCCCUUGAAUCACCGACCGAUGCGGACGUCAACAGUCAACACAACAAAAUAUUAAUCACUUAAAAAAAAUUAAAAUUAUGAAGGGAAAUGGAAGAAAAAAAGAAAUGUGUAUUGAAAGAAAAAAAAGUUUAAGAAAGAAAAUUAAAAAAAAAACAGCUAUACAUAUCCAGCGGACUUUCUAUAUGUGUUGUUGGAUCGCCGUUUAAUAAUCGUUCAGUGUCGGAUGGCGCGCACUCAAGUGACUCUAAAAGUGCCUCUGGUAGGAUUUUUGAGUGGUGUGCUGUCCUCAAUAUUAAAAUUAGUGUACUAUAUAUUUUUACGAAUACAACCAGUCUGUUCAUUGCUUUGCUAUGCUGAAUCUCCGGCGUACGUCCGAUAUUCCGUAUAUCGAUAUUUACGUAUUAUCACGAAAGAACAAAAAGAAAAUAAUAAUUGAAACGACGCUUUUUUGAUAACUGUAUGAUGCAUGUACCUUUUCGAAAAGGGCUCCACAUCAUAUCACUUCAAAACCUACAUUUUUAAUCAAUUUUUUUAUAUUAUACGUAUAGUCAUGUUGUUUUUAGUCAUGUUUUUAAUUAAUUUUUUAAUUUUGUAAUAAUUUUUAAGUAUAAAAAAUGUAAUCUAUUAAUUUUUAAUUUUAUUAUGAAUUGAUUCCAAAACUAUACUCAAAUGUAUAACCUAAACUUUUCUUUUAAUUGAAUGGAUAUGUAGGUGGAGCUCUUAAAAAUAAACGCGUAAUCCCCUUGUACAGUUUUGGAUAUUUUUAUAUUUUAUUUCAAUGCAAUCGUAAACGAUUGUCUUCCGCGACGAAGGAAGCAGCAGGGUGUAGUGUUUAUUUGCGACCUUUCAAUCAAAAAGAAUUAAAAAAAAAUGGAAAGAAAGAAAUCGUCGGUGUCCCAACCUGUACAUACUGUGCACGGGUCGUUUCAGUGUGGUCUGUGUACGCGUAACAAGGCUGUGUACAUUUAAGUAGCGAACAGUACUGACUUGCCCCCCGAAAAAAAAAACGGGAGCAACGGAACAGAAAAUCAGAUGGCGUUGCCGUACCAGCUCCGUUCACCUGUGUUCCUCCACUCCUCUAUAGUUAUCGUGUACAUUCAAAUACGUAUAAUGUUUUCAGGCUGUAAUUUUAUUAUCGAUAAUGAUAGGACUAUCCAAGACAAAAACUCGGAGAAAUCACGACUUUUAAAAAAUUGUCUUGGAAAAUCCUAUUAAGCUGUAGACAAGCUUGGGGAUUGGACGUAAAAAAAUAAAUAAAAGAAAAAAUAUGUGUACGAUUAAUGUGUGUAAUAGUAACUAGAAAUACUCGUUAAAUAGACCUUUGCUGCGUUUUCAUUAAAAAAAUACGAAUCGUAACCGUCCUUGUGAAAGAGCAAAGAAAAAAAUGAAGGCGAUAAGCCUCCUAAGAGACGCGCAAAAACACGCCCGCAAUUCGAUCGUAAUCCUCAAAUUUGUUUACGGGAACUGCGUUGUCCAGCGCCAGUGACGAGCUAAAGAUGCAAGACCACCCAUUUCGACCGCCCCCCCUCAUCAGCAGCGCAUUCAUUUGCCAACGAUUUUUCAAUUCUUUCGCUUCGAUUGCGAUCAUUCUCGCGUUUCGCAUUUGCGUUAUCGUUUUAUAUCUCUCUGGUUCAAAACUGGCUUGGCUGGCACGCAGCGAUUAAUUGUACAUAUUCGUCUGUGUGCACGGUGUAUCAAAAAAAAAAAUAGUACUGUGUGUAAACCUGAUUGAUAAUAUGAAUGGUAAUGUACCACCUAUAUGUUAUAAAAGACUGAAUGGAGUUAUUUCAAAUACUAAAUAGAAAAAAAACAUCUCUAUC